UUAUUCAGUCACCGACUGGAUAGCGUGACGAGCAGUUCAGUUUUAGCUGUAGCUCUCUGAAAUUUAUAUAUAUAUAUUUUCUAAAAAUUUAUUUUCAAUAUUCUAAAGUAAAAUGGAUCAAAUAAUCGAACCGAACGCUUCGCUGCUCUCGGGAUCGGGAUCGGGGCGCUCAACGCCCUCCUUUGAGGGAUUCCAAAUGGAUGAUCCGGACACUAAGGACCCGGAGCCGGCGGUGGCCUUUGAGACCCAAUACCCGGCCAUGUCGCUGUACGACGUGAACCUGGAUAAAUACCCCUUUUGCCAGCCCUGCCCCUUCGCCACCGAUGCGAAGGCCCUGGAGGAGCUGGUGGCCUGCGACUACACGCAGCGCAUCAGCUACGAGAUGGCCCGCUCGGGGCAGGCGACGCGUCGCGUGCGCGUCUAUGCGGACGGGAUCUACGAUCUGUUCCACCAGGGCCAUGCCCGGCAGCUCCUGCAGGCGAAGAACAUCUUUCCGAACGUCUAUCUGAUUGUGGGCGUCUGCAACAACGAACUGACGCUCAAGAUGAAGGGCCGCACCGUGAUGAACGGCUUCGAGCGCUACGAGGCGGUGCGCCAUUGCCGCUACGUGGACGAGAUUGUGGCCAAUGCCCCCUGGACCCUCACCGAUGAGUUCCUGAAUGAGCACAAGAUCGACUUUGUGGCCCACGACGACAUACCCUAUGGCGGGGCAGGGGGCGUCGACGACAUCUACGCCCAUCUGAAGGCGCGCGGCAUGUUUGUGGCCACCGAACGCACGCCGGGUGUCUCCACCUCGGACAUUGUGGCACGCAUCGUCAAGGACUACGACCUGUUUGUGCGCCGCAACCUGGCGCGCGGCUACACCGCCAAGGAGCUGAACGUGUCCUUUCUGUCCGAGAAGAAGUUCCGCUUCCAGAACAAGAUGGACGAGCUGAAGGAUCGCGGCAACAUGGUCCGGUGCGGCCUCCUCGCCCGCUGGGAGGCCAAGUCGCGCGACCUCAUCGAAGCCUUCCUGCAGGCCUUCGGCCGCGAGCGCCUCUGCUCGAUCUGGCGCGAGUCCAAGGGCAAGCUAAUGAGUAUCUGGGGCUCGGCGGCAUCGCUCGAGGCCGGCGCCAUCGACAUUUCCGAUUCCGAAGACGAGUACGAGGACGCCCUGGGAGAGGUCGCCCACGUUGUGGCCGAGAGCGACAGCGGCCUGGAGACAGCACGCUGGCACGACACCGUGGCCCCCAAUCUGAGCCGUUCCAGCAGCUCCCCCGAUGUGGGGACUGGCGUCUGCUGAGGAUCUCAGGCCG